AGCAGCAUUACUAAUAUGCUUUAGGAAGAAUGUAUUUUCAGUAAAAGGUGUAACCGGCGUAUAUAAAGAAACACGUUCCUUCGCAUGACCAGACCAGCUUCCAUCAUGAAGAUACUAGUGUGUGCUCUUAUUGUAGUGCUUCUCUGCAGUGCCUCAGUGCACUCGCUGACAUGCUACACCUGCGUGGAUGGGGACUGCAAGACCCCGACUCAAUGCCCAGAGUCAAGCAAUUUCUGCAAAACCGUUUCAACAGCCACUGUGUUCAGCCGGACAUGUGAGGAGUUCUGUGUUCCUGGAGUGAACAUCUACUGCUGCACGUCUGAUCUGUGCGACUGAUCUCUCAACAUCACCAGUCACUAAUCAUCACUAAGGCUCACUGUAAUAGCGUAGCACAAAAAAUAUAUCACUGGGUUACUCUACUCUGUUUAUUUUAUUAUAAUGACUUUUCCUCCUAGUUUGCUUUACAGCACUGCUUAUAGGAACGUCUCAUAAGCGCGCUUUCUGUCCCAGCUCUGUAUGAUUUGAUUCAUGAAUUAAACUCUGCUUAGUAAAA